AUGUCCUCGAGCCAGUGCUCCAACAAGUUGGUCUAUAAGUUCCUAUUGGCUGUGUACACUGAUGGACAGCCCACAGAAAAUGCUGAAUGGUUCUGUAAGUGUCUGGAGGAGGCAUCCACUGACUUCAGAUAUGGGAACGCCUACCUGAAAGGACUGAGAUAUGCAGUGUUUGGCCUGGACAACUCUGUGUAUGGCUGCCAUUACAAUACGGUGAGUAAGAAUGUGGACAAGUGGAUGCUGAGCGGCGUCCGGGUUCUGUCCAGAGGAGAUGGCAACUGCAACGUAGCGAAUAGCCACAAUGGCAGCGUGCAUGCUGACUUUCUGGUCUGGAAGACCAAGUUCCUGAGCUGCCUGCAGGCCCUGGUUGCAGGGCAGAAGGCCUGUAGUGGAAACUGUAAGAUGGGCAGCUCAUGUAAGACCAGGAACAGGAAGAAACCACAGUCCUCAGUCUUCUCCUAUCAGGCAUUUCCAGAACAGCUCAGCUCUGAGGAAAGACUAAACGAGCUGGUAGAGUCCAGUAGUGACAAGGAGACAGCUGGGUCAGAGGAGAAUAGCCCAGGCUCAGUCAUCGAUGUGGAGGAUCUAGGAAACAUCUUGAACGGCAUCAAGAAAGCCAAGAAGAGAGAGCAGAGCCAGGAGGAUGGACAGAUUGUGAAGCUGUCCAGGCUGAACGGAAUGAUGAAGGCUGAAGAAAAGGAGGAGAGGAGAGAGUUGAUCGCUGCUGCCCUGAGGGAGGCCCUGACUAAGCACGGAUACAAAGUCAUAGGAAGUCACUCAGGAGGCAAGCGUUGUCGUUGGACCAAGUCCAUGCUAAGAGGAAGAGGUUGUUACAAGCCCUCCUUUUAUGGUGUCGAGUCCCACCGGUGUAUGGAGUCCACCCUUAGCCUCGUCUGUGCCAACAAGUGUGACUUCUGCUGGAGACACCACACUAACCCGGUGGACACAGAGUGGCGCUGGAAGAGACCUGCUGAGAAGAUACUACUAGAGGCUGUGGAGAACCACCAGAACAUGUUCCGACAGCAAGGUCUGGUACUGGUGACCAAGCUGUAUGUGAGUGUGGGUGCCGGCACCAAGGGCAGUCUGAAAAAGAUCGACCGGCUGCUCUUCAAUGACUUCUGGCCGAGGUUCCUAGACAGCCUCAAGGAUCUGGGUGAAAAGCUCUCCUUCUCGCCUUCCCUGGCCCAGUGA